AUGUCUUACAACGCAAACAGGCUAUCAUAUCCCACUAGCCUCACCUUUCUGGAGUGCGUGGACCUGACCUGGAAAUUACUCACGGCCUUGGCGAUAGGUAUUUCCGCCGCCGUGAGGUUUCCAUUUUGCGGGGAGAAUGUCUCAAGUUCAUACCGAACUUAUGUGACACAUGCAGCUCUGCGGCAGCUCGCAUCGAGUCUCACCAUGCGACAGAUACAAUCUAGCACCACUGCCGCCGCCUACGAAAGCUUUGCAGCAUCGAGAGGUGUUGAGCCACGAACGGCAUUAUGGGGUGAGACUGGCAAAGGCCAUUGGGUCGGAAGCCAUCAUGCUGCGAAUGUCUUGGUAUGGUUUCACGGGGGAAACUAUUAUGCACCUGCCCAUCCAGCCUAUUUUGAAUUCUUGCACAACAUCGUUGAUGCGUUGCGCCUGUUAGGCAAGGAUUUUGCCAUCUUUGUUCCAUCGUAUUCACUGGCCCCCCACGCGCAGUAUCCCAUCCAGCUCCUCGAAGGGCUCGAGGUAUUACGGUUUCUGAUUGAGGAAGAGUCUAAGGUCGCCAGGAAUAUCGUGAUUGGAGGCGACUCCGCUGGUGGAAAUCUGGUCCUCGGGAUUCUGUCACAUAUCGCACAUCCUCAUCCUGAGAUCUCGGCGGGGUUCGUCCCAGACGAACCGUUUGCUGGCGCGCUGAUGUUAUGCCCUUGGGUGACGUUUGACCAGACAUGGCCAUCUAUUGAGAGGAAUAAAGACAAGGACUGUGUUCCGCUCCUUCCUAACAGCACCCAUGCUAGACACUUUCUGGGAGACAUGCCUUCGGACAAUUACAAUGAACCUCUCAGCGCACCACUGGAGUGGUGGACAGACCUAAAUGCACGUCGGUUACUACUACUGUCCGGCGAGGAUGAUAUCAUGGUCGAUUCUCACCAUGCGUUUGCCAGGAUUCUUGCGGCCGCAAACCCCUAUAAUACGGAAACGGUCACGGUGGUAGGAGAAGGGCAUGUUGCUCCGGUACUGGAUUUAAUGCUUGGGGAUCGGAAAGAGUUUGAGAGCAGCAAAGUUAUUCAGCGGUGGCUGUCAUCGUGCUUGUAG